UUUGUCAAUAACCUCACUACGUUAUUGAAGCGUCAUUAGUGUCAUAACUAACUCAUAACAAGUGCAAUGAAUUUUUCCUAGAAAUAGCAACAAAUUCAGACCACACAAAUAAACUACAUAUAACCCGAUGCUGAGUAACGAUGACUUCAGUGAAUAAUGUCGUAACCUGGUCAGUAAAUGCAUGCCUUGUAUGCGGCACCUGUGAAAACCUGCAGCGAUGUGCAAGAUGUAAAGUGGCAUUCUACUGCAGUAAGGACCAUCAGCGGAGAGACUGGAAAAAGCACAAGCUAACUUGUAACAAGAAGAGCGAAGUGUCAGCCUCCACAGAUACGGUAGAGAGUCGGUACGGUCAUAUUGUGACCAAUCAGGAAGCCAGCCAGCUGCCCACUGAAGGUAGUUCAGAAAACGAAAUACUCAGCAGCCUGGCUCAAAGUAUCUACCCAACAAGUAGUAAUCAGGACGACAGAUCUGCUACAGAAAAGGCGCUUAAGUGCUACAAGACAGCAAUGCCUAUUUCUGGAGAGAAUAAGGUGCAACCUAAACAGAAAAGUUAUAGAGACUUUCCAGAGAUAUUAUUAAAUAACAGCUCAAUAUCCUUGCUAGAUGAUACAGAACUGGAAGAAAUGUGUAGAAAUGUAAUACAGGAUCUAAGUGCUUAUGGGCUGUGCGUUUUAGAUGAUUUCUUAGGUCGGAAGAAAGGAGAAGCUGUACUAAAAGAGGUGCUGGACAUCCAGUCUCAAGGACUCUUGAGAAAUGGUCAGUUGGUAUCUGCAAAGAGCAAUCAAGAUCAAAGAAUCAUCAGAGGUGAUCAAAUAUGUUGGGUAGAUGGAAAGGAGCCGCACUGCCCGCACAUCGGAUUUCUGAUCUCUCAAGUAGACGCAGUCAUUGUGAGAGCAAAUAGGAUGUUAGAUAAUGAUAGGCUGGGACAGUACAAUAUUAACAGUAGGACUAAGGCAAUGGUUGCAUGUUAUCCAGGACACGGUUCACACUACGUAAAACAUGUCGACAAUCCUAACGGUGAUGGUAGAUGCAUAACGGCCAUUUACUAUUUAAAUCUGGAUUGGGAUGUACAAGCUAGUGGAGGACUUUUGCGAAUAUUUCCUGAGGGAUGGAGAGAAGACAAGGUAGCAGACAUUGAACCCCUUUUUGACAGGUUAUUGUUUUUCUGGUCAGAUAGAAGGAAUCCUCACGAAGUGCAGCCUGCUUACCAAACGAGGUAUGCAAUCACAUUAUGGUACUUUGAUUCCACCGAAAGAGAGGAAGCUCUUAGGAGAUAUCAGAAAGACAGUAAGUAUUAACGUAUAUUUGAACAAAUAAUAUUGAUAGAAGAAGACAAUUACAUCUUACACUCGCAUGGUCUUUCCUGACAUUCAAUUAUGUUGUUGUUUGAAACUUGAUGAUAAUGUGUUUAUGAGUUCUCGAUUUAUAGAAUCUAAGCUAUUGCUAAGGCUCAUACGCGGCAUGUAUUAUCGUUAUCGAUCAUUUCACAUGAAUUGAGAUAUGAAAGCAGUGAUAUGUGAUAGAGAAUUGUAUGCUUUAUUAUAUUUGGUGUAAGCUAUUCAUUUGAUAUAUUAUUCAUAAUGGUGUCAAAGUCGUAUCAACCUUUAGCUUAGUGGGAAUUUUUGCAUACCUAAUUUUCAUUCUGACUGGAGUAACUAAACUUUAUAAAUGUCGUUGAAUCACACCGGCGUCGUUCAAAAAUUAUUUAAUGAGAAUGAAAUACAGUAAUGUCAUUUAUACACAUUCAAGAAAUACAUAUGUAUUAUUAUUUUUGUCUCCUUGAGCGCAUACAUAUUAUUAGUAGAUCUGAAAUACGAUCAUAUAUUUAUUCAAAUUUUACUGAGAUUUCAUCAACCUAGAUAGUGAAU